ACAGAUGGAAUUUAAAAAAUUUUUAUCUCAUUUUUAAGCCUUGGGGAAUACCGUUAAAAUGAGAGAUAAUAUUGAAAAUUUCACUCUGCCUAUUUUUAGAUAUUUGAGAUUCAAUCCGGAAUUGUACUGCAGGUUAGAUUCGAAGAUGUGGCAACAGUGUCAGUGGCUUUGAGAGAGUCAAACAAGUUUCUCCCGUGAUUUUAUAAUUAUCGAAAUUUUUUUGGGUUGAUUCGUGAAUAAAUUAUCGCGGGAAUGUUUUUUUUAUAAUCAUUUGAAAAUCGAGUUUUUCAUUGGAUGCGUCAGAGAAUUGUGAAAGGAAACGAGAAAAGUGGGAGUACAAGAAUUUGUUUUGGUUAGGUUUGUCGUUAUAAAAUAGCAAAAUGAGAAGGUGGCUGAGAAAUUUCGUCAGGAUCAAGACGAAUCCCAUGGAGAGUAAAUACGCAGCUCAGAUGAAACUUAAAUUGAGUACCCUAUAUGGUUUUGCUGUUUAUAAUGCCUUCGGAAUAUUUAUGGUACUUCUUGUUUACAAUUACUAUCCCAUGACUGCCAAAGAAAAAAAACAACAGGGGCGAUAUUAUGCAAGGUUGUGGCAGGGAGACGAUAUCACUGUUUACAGAGUCGAUGGAUUUAAAGUCAUCGAAAAAUAUGAAAUCGAAGGAACUCCAAAGCUGAUACCACACCCCUCCGAGCUCCUUGACGACGACUCCACCGGAGCUAGUGCUACAUAAUUACUCUCAAACUGACAAAAUCCUUUAUUUGUAAUACUUCAGUGUCUCAACGAUUGUAAAUAUACUUUACAAAAAUA